CGUCUGAACCUCUGCGGCCACGCAGAAGAAAGCCCUCUGAGCGCGUUUUCGUGCUUGUGUUGAUGGUGGAGCAAGCGUCUCGCUCGGAUUUCCACGCGCUGACGACGCCCCCACACAUCACACGACUCAGUAGAGACAGCGGCCCACUGCACCGCCGCGAUACUCCGUACAGCAUAUCCUUCACGAUUGGUUCAAAUAACUCAGCGCAAGCAGGAACCGCGGGCGAGGAUCUCUAUAUCAAGCAAGCAGUCACAGUCUAACCCUUAGAUUCGCUACAAGAGGCGCCUGCUCCCAUACACACAGCUGAACGCGCUUGCGUCCCCCACCUUGAUACGCAUCUCACGAAUUUCACAAGACGCCUCGCACCCUCUCCUUUCCACGCAAUCCUCUACCAACAUGGAAGACUACUACGACUCGGACUCGGACUCCGAGAGCAGCGUUUCCUUUGGCGAGAGUGAGAGUGAAGACGACGUCGACAUGAUCGGCGGUGCGCCCAAAGUCCGCGCGGAGCGUACGCAGGCGAAGCAAAAACGAUCAAGGCGACCGAGCUGGAAGGAUGACAGAAAGAAGUUGAUGGAUCUUCACAUGACGCAGAAGCUGCCUUAUGCUGAGAGGUGCGAGUCGGCGGAGGAUUUCGAUCGGCGUCUGGCUCUCAUCAUCAGCAAGGUAGUGGCUUGCAUACGAUCUCAAGACAUGAGUCCAGGGUUCAUGUUCUGGACACUGUGCCUCAAGUAUCUCCUGAGUCUCAGGUAUCCGAUGGAACGACGAACGCGGGCUCGCUUGAUCCGCUUGUACUACCACGUCGCCUUGACACCUGCUCUCGACUAUCGAUACGCAAAUGAAGCCAUCAGCGUUUGCUGUAGUCUUGCCUCCUCUGAGAAGACGCUCGACUCGAGACAUCUGGUGCUUCCUUGGCGCCCACUCUACGAGGAGAUCGAGAGAGAGCACAAUCCAAAGGGAAGCAGUCUAUUUCAACGUGGCUUGAAGCUCAAGUUCUUCGCCCUUGCCGGGCACCUCAGACGUUUCUUCGAUCCUGAUGACAGCCACGACAUGCUCGAAGAGUUUCUGCCGCAGAUCAACGGCAACACAAUGGAGGGCAUCACCCACGCUCUUUCGCUCAUGGCCCACUUCUUGCCAUUGCGUGCAUCGCAUGUGUAUUUGCCACUUCUCCUUCGCAUGUGGGAGUCAUUCAACUCGUCCAUUAUUGAUGGCCACAUGCUGAGCUUGGUCUCUACCUUGGCUGCUGCGCACACGACGGAGCCGGAGCUCUCGUCGGAGAAUGCAAUGCAAGCGCACGGUGCCCUGGCUGACAAGGUGCAGGGCUCGAAGAGAGGCCACGACUUGGAGAGCACAACGGAAGACAGGAUCAUGGAGGACCUCAAGGCCAAUCCUGCUUCAGAGGCACUCAGACAGCCUGCUUUGGAAGUCGGCAUUUUUACGGAAGACCAAUUCUCUUGGAUAAUGAACAAAUGCUUGCAAUACUUUGCGGACUCGCAAGGAUCGAACGAGUUCGCUGGGCAAGCCAUUGCCAGACAGCAUGCGGCUCAUUCUGCUGGAACAGGCAAGAGCAAAGGUCUGACCCCAUACGACAAAAUGGAAAAGCUGGCGAUACUUUGCGCAUACUGUCUGGCCGAAGACGGUCCACGCUCUGCCACCUCUACCGACACAGCGUCCACACCGGUGACCCAGGAGGCCACACCAAACAGCGCCGCGUCCUCGAGGUCGUACUUGGCGGGAUCAAGAGCCCUUGAACAUGUCGCCAAGAUUGUGCAAGCUUCAGAAACUUGUUUCCAUCCAUCACGAGGAGGACCCGCUCAAACUAAUCUUGUCCAGUUCGUGGCUCGCCUGCUGGCCUGGGUACAUCUACGUUUCACAGAGGAGCAGAAGUCCGAUUGCAAAACGCCGAUGGAGCGUCGUAUCACACCCCAAAUCGUGCGGGAGCUUGUACUUCUGCUUCGACCUGGGAUCUUGAUGUCCAUCUUCUCCAAGAGCAUGAUACACGUGGUUGGACCAUCCCUACUCGCUUUGCGCAGCAUGGCCGCUCUAGAGCCCGAAUUGGUGCUUCCAGCCAUUUUGGAACGUUCCUUUAGCAGUCUUGAAGCGCUGGAGACGACGCAGCGUACUACUGCAAUGCUGAGCGCUCUAGGCGCACUCGUGCUGCCGCUCAUCACCCGCAGUCAUUGGAGGCCAGGCGGCAAGCAUUUAGUACCUUUAUUCCAUUUGUGCUUGCCUGCGCUAGACAUCAACGAUUUCAUUAAGAGCUACGCCUCAUCCAUGUUCAUGCAAACCGCAGCGCUACUUAUCAAGAUAGACGACCUGAACAGCCCGGAGGCCACGGCUGCUGAAGCUGCGCUCCAGAGACCAGGAAGCUCAUCCGUUGAUAACAAAGUUGCCGACUUGGGCAGCGGCGACGCAGUUGGGCUGUCCGAUGCCGAAGAGGACGAUGCCCUGAAAAUUAGUACGGCAGACUUUGAAGAAUGGGUAGCUGCGUAUUUCCGCCAAAUUCUAGCCUUGCUGCAAGCUCUUCCCGACGAGGGUCAGAAAGGCAAACCGGGCGGCAAGAUUGAGCAAACCGUCAUCGACGCUGUCGUUGCGGCGUGCGAGAAGAUCUGUCUCGCGCUCUCACCCAGCUUAUUCGACCUGGCGUUCCGGAUCGUGGCGGACCAUUGCGAGAACACCGUACACGCACCCUCUGUCACUGCAAUUGGGACCCUCGUGCAGAUGUUUGCCGAAGCCGAUUCGGAAAAGGUGCUCGCGCGAUUGCUGCCUCUCUGUGUUGAUCGCAUCGAGGCUGAGAUCCAGCACGGCGCGAGUUCAACCAGGACGACGAGCACCAGCGUCCCUGCGGCAAGCGACACAACCCUGCAUUGGAACCUCAGCAUCUUGUGUGGUGCCCUCGCCAGCCCUGGAGCGGGCUUGCUCAAAUACCGCGAUCGACUGCUAAAGGUCUUGAGCAUCGUCUUGGAUCGAGCUCGCUCAGAGAGAGGUUACGUCCUCGCAAGUGCGGUCCUGAGCCGCGUGCUCAAUGCUUGCUUGACCAUCUAUCCCAUUUCCACUCGCAAUUGGAAUCCAGAGAUGUGGGACAGCAACGAGAUGACGGCCCGCAGCCACCUGCACUGGGGCGAAACGCUGAGAUGCAAAGAUACGGCAAUUUCGUGGCACGUUCCAAACGACGAGGAAGUCUCGUUUGGGCUCGAGAUAUUAUCCGGCCUUCUCGAGUCAUCCUACCGACGUUUGGAAGAGCUCUUCGACUCGGAGCAGAAGCACGACAAGGUCUGGAGCAAUGACUUCCACCGACAUUUCUUGUUUUUGCGGACUGCCUACACCCAGCUUGCGGCUGUGAUCCCUCUACCCCUGCCGACGGGAGAAGAGAGAGGAGUCCCUGCCACGGAUCAUGGUGCAAACGAGCCCGAAUUUCUGGCUCCGUUGCCUGACCUCGCAUGGGGCGCAAUUCUGAGGGAUCCGACGGACCCUCGUUACCAGGCUGUGGCAGCGUUCCGUCGUCGCUUUGGAGAGAUCUGUCACAAAGCUGCGAAUCGGAUGCAGAUCUCCGGAGCUGAGGACGACAUCGAUUGCGUCAAGCUCCUAACGAGAUGCAUUCGGACCUUUAUGAAUUCAUACGCAUAUUCGAGCAUCAUUUACGAUCAUCUAGUCGGUUUCCUGGGCAGCUUCAGAGCCAGCGUCCGACUACAUCCCAAACAGAAGACGUCAGCACGGCUGUACUGGAUCCGCACAGCCGAGCUGCACACUACCUCCCGUGGCAAGCUGGCGGCAAUGCAUAGAGCUCGAUCAAAGCUCGACGAUGCACUUCUGGCGGACCUGCUGGAGCUAUCGCUGUCGGAAUACACUGGAGUCCGAAUGACCGCCCAGCGAGCGCUCACCGAUGUUGCUGCUUUCUACAGCGGCACGCGCGCGCUUUGCUUGCCUAAAUUGUUAGACGUGUUGCAGCCUGGCUCGCAAGCAAGUGACGAUCGCUACAAGGGCGCACUCUACCUCUUAGCUCAUCCAAUGUUUCAGAGCACGAUCACAGUCGACCCCCAAUGGACUCGGCGUUACGUUGAAGCUGUGCUUCAAGGACAGCAUCGUUCCAAACCUUCGAUUCAGAAGGUGCUCAGGGGCAAGCUGCUAGCUGACUUGGUCAAGAACUUCCACAUACCCUUGCAUCUCGAAGUCAAUCGCCCUGCAGAGCUUUUCGAAGCCAUCAGUCUAGUGGAGAAGUUGCCGCACUACAUUCCUGAAGACCCCGUGGUGGUGAGAUCAAUCGCUGAUGGGGCCAAAGAGCGAAUGCAGAAGCGUCAAGCCAUGCGACUCGAGUUAUUGCCCGUUCUGCUCAAGAUUGCACAGUCGAAGGACACACAUUGGUCAUACAGUCUGGCCAUCAUGCGCCUGCUGGACAAAUUCUUGACAAAGGACAGACCGCUCGACUCGCCGUUGAUGCAGCAUGUUGCAUCUGCAGCGCUAGACGACAAUGUGGCGAUCCGUCGCGUCGGCCAGUGGGCCAUCCUGAAAGCUUUGAGGAUCGCAAAAUCCCGCGCACUCUCUCCGAACGAUCAUGAUCUCGCGAUUGGCGACACCAAGCAUCCUCUCGAGCGUAUUCAGCAGCUGUCACUCCCAGUGACGGUCGAGCAGAGCGCUGCGCAUUGGAGAAGCUUUGGAGAGGAGCUCACGCCAGAGAGCGAACUCGUUGACAAGUCCACCACUGGAUGGUUCGUCUGGGGAAAAGAACGACUGUUCUACGCUCCGCCAUCCGAAACGCAUCAAGCGGUGGAGUGGGACAAUGCAUCGACGCCGGGACUCGACGCCUUGGGCAGACAUCUGUUCUCCGCAGAUUGGUGGAGUGGUUUCAGCCGUCAUCUGACCGAGGAGAGGGAUCGUGACUAUCUAGGGUCGCAGUACAUAGGCCUGGUGGAGCAAGUCGCGGACAUGUACGGGUUUGAUCUCAUGGAGUACGUGCGCCCCACCGUCGAGGCGCUCGUGGCGGAGAAGGACCGUCAUAAGCAUCGAGCAGCAGCAGAGCUUGUAUGCGGGCUGGUGCGUGGCAGCAAGGAGUGGUCGCAAGUAGAUCAAAGAGAGCUUUGGAAGUGGCUCGACGUUUUGAUUCCGAGGGUCUUUCGCGAGUGCACCCAAGACAGUCAGCCUGCCUGGCUCAUGUUUGCUGAACAGGCGAUGUCGGUCAGAGAUCCACGUCGCACGCGCUCGCUCGUGCUAUAUGUGCUCAACACUGCAAAGGAAAAAGUCACGGACGGAGACAACCUUUUCAGUCCUUGGGAGCAGUCCUUUGCACACAAAUUGCUGCGUAGCGCUGCGAUGUACCUCAAUGCCCGCAUGUCCGCUUGGGCGGCUCCGGACCUGUUAUCGCUCUACUCUCAGCACGGCGUUGACUCCGAGUUCGAAGAAGUUCGCAUGCAAGUGAGCUGGGUGCUGGCUCAACUCGACAUGCUUCAGGCGCACCCCAGCUUCGGAAGUGUGCGACAAUUAUUGCAGGCGUCGGGCGAAGGAAACGGCACGCUUCUGCGUCCUUCUGUCGAUUUCAGGCAACGUCUAGACGGAUUCAUGGCAAGGCUGCAGGAAUCGCGCAAAGAGCGCAGACCCAUGGCCCAAGGAGCUUCCAAGUACGAUCACACUGCUCUCACAGUCAUCACAUGGAUCGCUUCCAUCCUUAGCGACCAUCGUCAGACGGCCCUGGACGAGGCCUUCAUCGACUUUGCGCCGCAUCUCUUCGACAUGGUGGAGCUGCACGAUAACCGAGAGCUCUCUUCCAGGGCACACGAUGUCAUCUACUGCUUGGCCACAUUCAGUUGGCAAGGUGAAAACGCGGUUCGGUUGGUAUUGAAGCUACUUGAAGUCAUUGACGGCGCCAAGGCCUCCUGGCACACGCGUAUCGAUGCCCUUCGCGUCGUCCAAGUGACAGUCUCUCAAAACUUGAUCAGCCUAGGCAGACGGCCAGACGUCGUCGACCAGGUCGUAGAGCUGUUGUUGACCCUCCUUGGUGAUGCACAUCCCGAAGUCCGUGAAGAAGCCGCAACCACGCUGAGCGGCAUUGUGCGAGGAUCCCAACGCAAGCUCAUCACGCAACUGCGCCACCGCUUUGUGGGCAUCAUCGCAAACGUGGGCCGCGUGCCCAAGCGUGGGGAUGCCGACUUUCAGGACAAGAUCUUGAGGCUGCAUUCGGGAAUUCUAGGAGUCACUGCUCUGCUGGGAGCCUUUCCGUAUGAAGUUCCGAAAUGGAUGCCGGAUCUCAUUUGCGAAGCGCUCAUCCCUCACGACGAGUCGCCUCCGCCCAUUUCCACCACUGUGCGCAAGGCCGCGGCGGCUUUCAAGCGCUCGCAUCAAGACACUUGGGAGAUUGACAGGAGCGCAUUCGGCGACCGGCUAAACGAGAUUGCAGAGUGGGUCCGUGGUUCCUCGAGCUACUUUGCUUAGGAGCGGACUGUGUGCAAGGUAAGAAGAGACGAGGCUGCAUAACAAACAGAUCGGAGCCUUCGAGUCAGACAAAAAUGAUCAAGCUUUCGAAGAAUAUGUAAAGCUUCAGCUAAUGGUGCGCCAUUCAUGAAAUCAUUGCG